CCCGCCCCCUCCUCUCCGCCCACGUGAGGCAGUCUGGGGCUAGGAAAGGGGGAGACAAGACAGACUAGUCAGAAGAGGCGGAGGAGAGGAGAGGAAGAGAAGAACAAGGAAGGAGGUGCAGCAGAAGCGACAGGAGGAGCCCGACGAGAAGAGGUGGAGCUCGGGGAGGAGAGGUGGAGCUCGGCGAGACCCAGAGCUAGACAGACGGACGGACGGAGAGAAAGAGGGAGACAGAUAGAAAAAGGGAGACUCGGGCACAGUCUAGACUGAGAGAUAGUCUAGACACAUAGCGUCUAAAUCGAGACAGAGAAAAAGGGCUUAUAGAUAAAAAGAGAAAUAGAGAAAGCAUUAUAUAAAGGAGAGACAGAAGAGGAAAGAUUGUGGACGAGCAGCUAAAAGCGAUGGCAACCAGCAGCGCCAGCAGUGAGGAGGAGCGGAGCCUCCGGGAGUGUGAGCUCUAUGUCCAGAAACAUAAUAUCCAGGCACUCCUCAAGGAUUCCAUUGUACAGCUCUGUACUGUUCGGCCUGAGAGACCUAUGGCAUUCCUUAGGGAAUACUUUGAGAGAUUGGAGAAGGAAGAAACAAAACAGCUCCAGACUCUGCAGAAAGCAAGUGCCCAUUCUGAAUCUAGGGAAGAAGAAAUUUCUCCUCCACCUCCCAAUCCAGUGGUUAAGGGUCGGAGGCGAAGGGGGGCUAUCAGUGCAGAGGUGUACACUGAGGAAGAUGCUGCAUCAUAUGUUAGAAAGGUUAUUCCGAAAGAUUACAAGACCAUGGCUGCUUUAGCUAAAGCCAUUGAGAAGAAUGUGUUGUUUUCCCAUCUUGAUGACAAUGAAAGAAGUGAUAUUUUUGAUGCCAUGUUCCCAGCUUCCUUUAUUGCUGGAGAGACUGUAAUUCAACAAGGUGAUGAAGGAGAUAACUUUUAUGUGAUUGAUCAAGGAGAGAUGGAUGUCUAUGUCAACAAUGAAUGGGCAACCAGCGUUGGAGAAGGAGGGAGCUUUGGAGAGCUUGCCUUGAUUUAUGGAACACCCAGAGCGGCAACUGUCAAAGCAAAGACAAAUGUGAAAUUAUGGGGUAUUGACCGAGACAGCUAUAGGAGAAUCCUUAUGGGAAGCACAUUGAGAAAGCGGAAGAUGUAUGAAGAAUUCCUUAGCAAAGUUUCUAUUUUAGAGUCUCUGGACAAAUGGGAGCGUCUCACAGUAGCCGAUGCAUUGGAACCUGUUCAGUUUGAAGAUGGGCAGAAGAUUGUAGUGCAAGGAGAACCAGGAGAUGAGUUCUUCAUUAUCUUAGAGGGUUCAGCUGCUGUGCUACAGCGUAGGUCGGAGAAUGAAGAAUUUGUUGAAGUAGGAAGAUUGGGGCCUUCUGAUUAUUUUGGUGAAAUUGCACUUCUGAUGAAUCGUCCACGAGCUGCCACAGUGGUUGCUCGUGGCCCCUUGAAAUGCGUUAAACUCGACCGACCCCGAUUUGAACGUGUUCUGGGCCCCUGCUCAGACAUCCUCAAACGCAACAUCCAGCAGUACAACAGCUUUGUAUCACUGUCAGUCUGAAAUGUGGUUCCCCCUGCUGGAGCCCACGCUUCACCAGUCUUUUUCCUUAUUUGCCGCACCACAUGGCCAUCGUCAUUGUGGCUUCCUAUCUGUUUAUAUAUAUAUAUAUAUUAAAAAGUUGCUUUCAUUGCACCAUUUUUCAUUUGGAGCAUUAGUUAAAGUGCUCUGUGUCCAGUUUAAUAAAUAGUUAUGUGGAGAUUUUGCUGUUACUGCUUCUCUUUGUGCAGUGUUAGUGUCCCAACUUUUGGCAGUGAGUGCCAUGCUUUUUGGUGAGGGCAGAUCCCAAGCACCAAAUGAAUUGCCAUAGAGUAAGGAUAUAACAGUGGGGAAAAAAAGUAAAAAUGAACCAUGCUUUUCCAAUUAUUGUAAGCAUAUUUUAGACUGAUCAUAAUCUGCUGGUUUUUUGUUAAACAAGCUUCUCUGAAGUUUAAAAAAUGCAUGGGUACUUGAAUUUUCAGUACAAUGGAGAGGCAUUUGCUUAUAGUCAAAUGGUAGUUUAGAGGUAGCAGGAAAUGUGCCCAUUGUCUGCUGGUUUUUUGAUGACUUACUGUUUGGUUUCUUAAAAACCUUUGGAGUUUUUGGCUGUCAUAUGCUAACUUGCUUGCUUCUGUUCACACUAGAUACUGAUGUAAUUUCCCUGAUUUAUAGAAGAAGCUUCUCUGCUUGACAUGUUUUCAGCUGCCAUUAGCUACUUUUCAGCCUGAUUCCAAAUCUUAGAAGUAAAAACUGGGCUAAUGUUUAACUACAUUUGUCCAAUGAUUCACAAAUUAUAGAAUGAAUUCUCUCCCCAGUUAGUGCCAAAUAUUAAAUGUCACGCAUUGGAUGCAGUAAAAGAAUUUGAGAUAGAUAUUCUUUCUGUUCUCACCUUGUAGCCUUUGCUUCUUUUAUAUCCUUCAUUUGACUUCUGUACAAGGUUCUCUGCCUGAUUCCAGGAGAUGGGUUUGACUGGGAAUGUACACAUGUGGAAAACCUGUCACCAUGGAUUAAUGGAGGUGCUGUGGCUAAUGUGGGAACUGUGAGGUGUAUCAAGUGUGGUGUCAGGUACAAUUUCCUGUCCUUAAAAAUGCAUAUAAUUUCAUUUUUUUCUUCUAUGUUAACCAGAAUUUAUGGUGUAUGUGUUUGUGUUUGUUUUUAAGUUUAUGUGAAAUGCUAUGGCAGGCUUCUUUUCUCUUUCAACCUAAAGUUCUCUGACAAUUUUUAUUUUAAGUAAAACUUUUCUGAGUCUUUAAUAUAUUACAAUAUUUACCAGCCUUGUGUUACAUUAUUUUAAGUAUGUCAGUGAUUCUCAGCGUUUUUUUUUAAACAAAAUUUCACAGUUUCAUAAUGUAAGCAAUUUUAAGGUUUCAUUUUUAUUGUAAUCUUAUAGAGGGAAAUUGAACCUGGGAAUGAGAGCAAACAUUUUUGUGUUUGUUAGGCAGCAGGCUUUAAUAAUGCUUCUGUUUUUACCUGGAUAUUUACCUUGGUCAUGGUGUCUUUUGUCCUAAGAUUUAAGUGGUUUUCAGACUGUUGGUUGUAAAAUUGAUUCCUAAGGCAUGAGCCUUGGGAAGAUACAAAGUCACCAUGUAUAAAUAUUUCUGUUUUUCAAAAGGAUGUCUAGUGAGGGUUUCCAGUACUUUACCUUCAUGUAUGAGUAUCUUUUUUUUCAUUUUAAAGAAUUUUUUUAAUCUGUAUCUAGAUUUUUUCUUCUUACAUUAGUUAUUGUAAAGAUUGAUCCUUAUUAAUGUGUCAGAAAUGUACCUAAACGAGUUUAGAAUGCCACAGAAAUGCACACUUUCCAGUAUAUAUUUGUAUAGAUCUAUAUACAUGUAGCUAUACCUAUUUAGAUAAAUAUAAUAAUGCUUGCAUUCUAAUUAAGUUUCCCUGCUGAAUCUUUUAACUUGCAGUUUUUAUUCCCUUUUGUAGCAUACCUAAAAGAUUUUAAGAUAAGCUAAGUGUAGGUUAAAUAUUAAUCAGUGCUGGCUUUAUCAUUGUAUGCAGUUUAAAUAUGUGUGAGAAACCAUAACUAGCAUAGUUACUGUGGCUAACAUUCAGGGCUUUAGAACUCCUUUUUUAAAAGCUCCAUUUAGCUACAGCCCUAGAAAGCAAUCAGUAGAUGACCAGCGGACCAUUAUUUGUAUUGUUACCUAUCGAUCUGUAUACUGUAUAUCCUAAUAUAUUCUAUUGCUUUUGUUAAAGAGUGUCCUAAUGGCAGAUUAAGCAAAUAAAAAUGAUCUAAAUUAUUAAAUAAAAUCCUCUUUCCCUCCCCCUUUGAAUAAUAAUCUUUUAUCCCAGCAAACAGAAAUGAGUAUAAUUAGAAGUUAAUUAGGGAUAGGACUAUGACAAUAUACUAAGAAGAUUUUCCUUUCAGAGAGACCCAUUUCAGUUUUUGCCUACCAAAGAAUGGAUCUGAAAUAUAUUUUGAUGGUAAAUUUUCUGCAAGAGAGUAGAGUGCCUGUCAUUCUUGAACAGGUCACAUUAAUUGUAGCUAAAAACUGGAAGGAACCUCCAGAGCAAACACUUUUUUCACUCUGAAGGCAAAAGGUUAAUACCUUUGAGCUUUUUUCCUAGACUUUACUUCUGUAAACAAGAACAACCAAAAUGAUAUUUCCUGAGUCAGCAUAGUAAUUGGGUGUAAAGCUUGACAUAUUGCUUAGCUUUAUCUUUAUCUUUACACUAGCUUUGCUUCCAGUCAGUCACUCUUCAGAUGUGGCCAUAGCAGAAGGCUUCUAGCUUGUUAAUCGUUUAGUUCAUGUGACUGUAUUUAUCCUCACAUGUAAUGAAACUUAAGAUUAGUAUAUUUAGAUGUUGUCAAAUAGCAUUUUUUUUCAUUUAUCUUGCUUUCCAAGGCAAACAGCUUAAACUUGUUCAGUAUUGUUUUGGAGGCCGUGGACAAAAUAGAUACAGCCAAAAGAGAAUCCAACUCAAUAGCAGUUCCUUUGGGUGGAUCCCUAGUUCUAUGUGUCCUUUGCCAAAGUAGAACACUAAAAUGAUAGCUCAAAUUGGAGCUUUUCUUCUCCAGGGCAGAGUCUGUGUCUUAUUCCUUUUUUGUAUCCCCCAUGGUGCCUUGCAUAUAGGAGCUCAGUAAAUAUUUAUUGAGUUUUCACCAACAUUGUAUUGCUACAAUUUUUCUUGACAUGAUUUUAUGAUUUUAAACUCAGUUUUAAAAAUACAAGCAUUUUUACCCCAAACUGUAAAUUCAUAACUAAAAGUAGUUUCUUCCCCUUAUUCCCAGUAUUGUGUAAUAUAUAGAGAGUAACCUCAAAGUCAGAAAGGCUUGGAUUUAAAUCCUACCUCGUAUAAAUAUUGCUUGUGUGCCCCUCUAUAAGUCUUUAAGACUAUAAAUUGCAGUACAGUUGCCCAUUUGCAUUGGUAAAGUGAGUUAAUUUCCCUACGCCUGCACUAAUGAAAUAAUUUCUGGACCAAAAAAAAAAAUUCCCAGUGUAUUUCUAGAUGAAUUAAAGUGACACUGAGGAAUGCAUGUCUAGAUAGCUCUUUAUUACAUGUCAUAAAAGCUCUUUGGAGUCUGUAGACCUGAGGAUAAGGGAUUUGGGUUUCUUUUUUCCUCCUAGUUCACAGGAUAUGUUCUAUGAUAACAAGCUCUGAUGAGCAUCAUACCUAAAACUGUCUUCUGGACUUCCGGUCUGUGACCUCAUCCUUAGCCCACCCUGAAAUUAAACCAUUAAUAAAUGCAACUCUUGUUUUGCAAAGCAUUUCCUUCUUUUGCAUUUUUAGUAGAAAGCCUUAAACAACUUUCUGAAUUUAGAAGAAAAAAAAACUACCACUAAAUGGGGUACCUUACUUUUGUCACUAUUUUAGUUCCUAAAGCUCAUGCGAACUUAAACAAGUUGUACCCUUCAACCUGACAUUUGGAGAAAGCUGAAACUAAUUCUCAUUCUUCCCCCUACACAGUCCUGUUUGGUAUUCAGUUUUUUGGCAGUAAGACCUUGAAGAAAGUUUUAUUUAGAGAAGGAAAUGUCUUUAAUUCACAGGAAGUUGAGCAGGAAUUUUUCACCCAGAAAUCACUCAAAAUGAACAUGUUGGAAGUUAGUUAUAAGAAAGGCAGUUUUGGUUUUCUGGUCUUUUUGACAAAUGGAAGCAAAAGCCCACCCCUUUCCCUUUGAAUUUUGAUCAGAAAGAAUAUUAGAAUAUCAAGGAUGAAGCACAGCCAAAUUUAAAUUCUUAGCACAACUUGCCACUUCAUGGACUAUCCUAGUCUAGUGCUUCUAAUUGGAUUUUGUGAGUCCAGAGACAAAAAGGAAGGGGAAAAAUCAGAAUGGGGGAAAAAUCCUACCCUGUGCUUUCUGAAAACAUGAAAAUGUUAGUUAUUGAGGUUAUUGUCCUGCCUUUAUUCUGCCCUAUAUCUCUCCUUGUAGAGGCAACAAUCUGCCUUCUGGUGCUUCAAAACUAGCCAAAUGUUUGAAUGUUUGUGUAUUUGUAGUGGUCAAGUGACUUAUUUUAAGACUGGAAUAGGGCUGUGCUAGUAGUCUGAAGUUCUACCACUGUGACCUCUUAGCUGAACAAUAGCUUCUAUCCCUUGAACCUGGACCUUUCCUAUACGCACUGUAUAGUGUUCCUUCUGACUGUCCUCUCCUAAAGCAUACAGAUGAGAUAAGUAGGAAUGAUGGCUAAUGAACUAGGAAGCCUUGUGCGGAAUAAUUUCUCACAUUCUCAGAAUGAAGCUAUUUCAUAAUGUGACUAGAAUAAAAAUAAAAGAAACUUUGAAUAGCAUGAAGCAGUAUUGACUUGUGACAGACUCCUAAGUUGUGCAUACAGGGAAAGACGUUUCUCUUCACACACCUUGUUUUGGCAGUUGAAGGUAAUGGCUCACCCUAGGAAAAUUGUGACAUUCUUCAAAAAAAGUUCAUCUUUAGAGUCUUCUCUCGGUUCUGACUUUCAGGGCCCAGAUGGGAAAACCCUUUAAGCAUUUGGACUCCUCCUAUCCUGCUUUCUUAAUAGCCUCUCAAAACAGGACAAUAAUUUUAGUCUCAUUUGUCAAGUGAUGACACUUUAGAAUAGAUGUUAGUGUGGUAUUUCAACUAAGCAAUUACAUUUUAAGUCUUUACUUCUGGAAUGAGAAUAACCUCCUUUAAGGAAUUUCAGACCAGCAAGUGGGUAGAGAGAGAGGUCUUUAGGAAGUCACACUAUGCCUACUUGUGUGGUGGGCCCUGAAGAUUAAAAUUUAUUUAGAACAUUAGGGUGGCUGGGGGCACAGUCUCCCUGAGGAGGAUUUUAGGGACUAAGCCAGCUAUGGCUAAUGAAAGCCACCUUCUAGGAGCUGCUAGGGGCAUAGGAAUACAUAAUCUACCACUUUCUUCUAGCAGACUCAACCCUUCUCUGUUUGUGCCUGGGUUGGCUCCCUUUCUUUCCUUGCUGUAUCCCAAGACUCUCGUAUAUAUUUUGUCUUAUGGAAUAUUUGACAUUAAAUGCUGUCUAAAAUAAUGUACUAUUCCCUUUUCUGAUGUCCAGGAAGAUUCUUACUGUAUUUUAAACCUACCUCACAGGGUUGUUGUGAGGUUAAAUGUAUGUAACGCUAUUUGCAAUCUUUGAAGCUCUCUAUAACUGUUGUUAUCUCUGCCUCUGCUAACAAAGCUUCUGAUAAAGUGUGUCUUUGGAAUGCA